AUGCAAUUUAUCAUUGUGCCAGCACAUUUGCCCCCGGAUCAGGAACACACGUACGUGGACAUCUUCAAGCAUGUCUAUUUGCACAAGAACAAGGUAUGGGCCAAAGACUUGAUGACGCAUUGCUUCGGCAUUCCUGUGCGCUUCGAAUGGGGUAGCCAGACUCGCUUGGCGUUGGCAGGCUUGAACUUCAUGCUCGAUCGCCUCGGUGGAUAUCAGUACAUCCGUGACAAUGGGCCUCGUUCCAACAACAGGAACCAGUUCAUGGAAUGGACAGACGAUCAAAUCCAUACACCAGGUGGUCCCCUUGAAGGAUGGCCGGAGGGCAAAGUGAAAGAGGCCCUCAACAACUACUACCGUGGUCGCCAAAAUGCCAAAACUUUGGAGUACUGGCCCUUCACUUUGCGCUCCUUUGUCCCUUGGUUCCUGCAUGAUGUGAUUGUCAAGAUGAUUCCAACCAUGCGUCAACAUGCUGUGACUUGGAUUGGCAAAACAAGAGUUGGCAAAUCCGUUGGCUCCAAGACCAUGCUGUUUGCCCAAUCUAGAUUCGAGAUUGAUGAAGCUGGGCGAUCUGAUCUCGUUCCUUUGAUUGUCACGGCCACGCACCUGGACUUCUUCAAGGAAGAAGAUGCCACCGUGUGGGCACGUUACUCUUCUGCUCAGUUUGAUCAAGGAGCCGGGCGUCAUGCAUGUACUAACCCGUACAAUGCGGAAGUGGAUGAGAGCAUCAUCAAGGAGGCCCUGAAGAAUGGCAAGACCAUUUCCCGCAAGGAUUUCCUUGACCUGAUUGGUCCGUCCUUCGCAGGUGUUGAAGACCCAGAAGACAUGAAUGCGAUCCUGGCCAGGACGCAUCUCAUUGUUUUGACAGAUGCUGCUGUGUAUUGGCGACUCGCACGCACAGACAAAGGAAAUGUGGACUUCAUCACCUGGCCUGCCAAUGAGCCGCGGGAUCUACUGGCCGAAGACCAGAAGGUCAUCUUCCAGGAGUACAAACGAAACCUUGACGGUCAUUGUCUUCCCCCAAGAUUCCAUGAAGACGCUAUCUGGUCACAAGAGCUCAUCGGCAAACUGCUGCGUGGCGAAGACAUUCCACGUACCAUCACUGUUCGCCAACAAUCUCUCUUUGGUGCAGAAGCGUCUACAACGUAUCAUCCUCCCUCUCUCCUGCCGUCGACCGAGAUGAAAGCCAAAGUGAAGCAGGAAAAGUCGGCGCAGUUCUUCAAAGCAUUGAAGCGUUUGCCCCGGACAUUCAUCGAUUUGAGUUCUCCUUCUCCUGUGAAGCGUCCUCGGCCUUCUUGCACUGGUCCGCCCAAUCCUUCAUUCCUGGGCAUGCAAGACGACGAGUCGUUUCCCAACGUUGGUGAAGGAGAUGACUUGGCAGCAGCGCUAGAGGAGGCAAUGGAGAACAUGCAGACGGACGAUGCGUGA